CAAAAGUGAAGUGUUUAUAGACAGAUCCAACAAUGGACUUCUCUGAAAAUACAUUCAAGAACUAUUACUACCCUGAAAAUAAAGAUGAAUCAAGCGAUGAAGAAGGUACAGCUGGUUUCAAAGUAAAACAGAUCCUCGCAAAGAAACGUUCAGGAAAUGAUAUCGAUAGCUUUUUCGAACGUCCUAAAAAGCAGAGUAAGAUCCUGAAACGGUCUUCGAUUGUAAGCAAAAGUUCGGAGGACGGUGUUGCAAACUUAUCAUCGGGGCAAGACGACGGAGCAUAUGCAUCCCAUUUUAUUAAAAUUGAGAUUUAUGAUGCACAAAAAAUUAAAAAAAUACCACCCAUGGAACAAUGGAAGCACGCGGACAUCAGAUUAAAAUAUUUUGCAUUGGAAGAUGAUGCAGAACUACAAAUAACUUGA